CUGCGUACGACUUCCUCGAGACUCCUCCCUCGUUCAAUCCACCUCAGAUCCUUCGCAAUGUCUGCUGAGCUUACCCACCCCCGCGUCACCAAGUCUGCCGACGGAACCAUGUGGUUCCGUGAGGAAUCCGAGUUCUGGCCCGGACAGGCCCAGUCCUUGAAGGUCAACCAGAUCCUCCACGUCGAGAAGUCCCUCUACCAGGACGUCCUCGUCUUCGAGUCCUCCAACUACGGUAACGUCUUGGUUUUGGACGGUGCUAUUCAGUGUACCGAGCGUGAUGAGUUCUCCUACCAGGAGAUGCUUACCCACCUCGCCAUGAACUCCCACCCCAACCCCAAGAAGGUCCUCGUUAUCGGUGGUGGUGACGGCGGUGUCCUUCGUGAGGUCGUCAAGCACGCUUCCGUCGAGGAGGCCGUUCUCUGCGACAUUGAUGAAGCUGUCCCCCGUGUCUCCAAGAAGUACCUCCCCUCCAUGGCCGUCGGCUUCCAGCACCCCAACGUCAAGGUUCACAUCGGUGACGGAUUCAAGUUCUUGGCUGACUACAAGAACACCUUCGAUGUCAUCAUCACUGAUUCCUCCGACCCCGAUGGUCCCGCCGAGUCCCUCUUCCAGACUCCUUACUUCCAGCUCCUCCACGACGCUCUCCGUGAGGGCGGUGUCAUCACCACCCAGGCCGAGUGCCAGUGGCUCCACCUCCCCAUCAUCAAGGAGCUCCAAAAGACCUGCAAGAAGAUCUUCGCUACCGCUACUUACGCUUACACUACCAUCCCUACUUACCCUGGUGGUCAGAUUGGAUUCAUGGUUUGCUGCAAGGACGGUUCCAGGAACGUUAAGGAGCCUUUGAGGACUUGGUCUGAGGAGGAGGAGGGCAAGUUGUGCAGGUAUUACAACAAGGAGAUUCACCGUGCGGCGUUUGUUCUCCCCACCUGGGUCAGGCAGGCUCUUGACGAGCAGUAGGUCCGUGGAGCGGUAAAGAUAUAGAACAGAAGAUAUCUACAUAGGGUUAUGGUUUU